GUAGCCAGUAGGAGGACUUGAAUUUGUGUAGGUUAAGACAUCAACAUGCUUUGCACUUUAAAUGACGGCUGAAUUAUUUUGAGACAACUCUGGAUCUUGCCUGGGCCGGGUUUGGCCCCCGGGCCUUAUGUUUGACAUCUCAUAUUGUGAAGAGAAUCUAUUGCUCCUUCUAAUCCUUCAGUUUGUACGGGUUUCUUCCAUGUGUGAGGGAAGCAACACUUCAGUCGUCACUGACCUCCAACUUUUUAAAGUCUUAACAGGAAACUGAAUUUGUACAUUUAGUUUGUUGCCAUGAAUAAUUCAUCCGUGUUGUUGUGUGGACGAGGCUGCGGUUUAUUCCCCACAGAUUCCUGCUCACUGAGGAUCUAACCGUCCUUUUCAGAGUAGCGUGUUAUGUUUUGAUCACAACCCUGUUAAACCUACCUCGUCUUCAUUUCUCGCCUUUUUUCAAUCACCUGUAAGUUACUUCUCCAGUUGCUCACAUUUUUUUUCUCUGCCUUGUUCUUGGGUACAAACUGACCGCGACUUUUUAACGUAAAACUAUCUGAAGCUAGUUUGGCUGCAGAAUAGAAACGCGGCGCUGCUGUGUUAGUUGCUUUAUACCUUGUCACAACAUGUGGUCAACUUUUCUGGUCACCGACGAGGAGGGCCGCAUGGCAAGCCCGGCUGCCACGGGAACGGUGGGAGGGGCCCCGGCGGGCGGAGCGGCCCAGGGCGGCGGAGGCCUGGCCGGCCUCAUGAGCGGACGCAGCACGUUCGGGGGGAACAAGCGGCGCAGGACAACCUCGACCGGACAAGCCAUGAGUGAAGCCCAGGAAGGGAAGAUCAAACUGGCCUUCUUUGUGGCCAUCGUGGGCGUGGUGCUGACCGUCCUCGGGGUGGGCACAGAGUUCUGGGUGGAGCUAGCGCCCAUGAAGACCUUCUACAACAACCAGACAUGUCUGACGGCGCACUACGGUCUGUGGAAAGGCUGCACAAAGACCCUGUGGGUGGCCGAUAUCGACCCGGAGAGAGAGAGCUGCGGACCUGCCGAGCUGCCUGGAGAAUCAAACUGCACCUUCUUCAAGUUCUUCACCACCGGAGGAAACGCUGUGAUGUUCCAGAAGACCACCAGGAAGAACCUGAAUGUGGCGUCGGCCAUGUUGGCACUGUUCAGCCUGUUCCUGAUGGUGAUGGGCGCCAUCUGCAUCACCAUGUCGCUCAGCAAAGAAGUUCUCUUCUUCCUAAAGCCGGCGUCCGUCUGCUUUAUUCUGUCAGGUGUGCUGGUUCUCCUGUCUCUCCUGGUCUUCCACCAGUCUGUACUAGCUUUCCUAGCUAGCGACCACACGGUGCCUCUCCACUACGAGUUCUCCUGGUCGGUCUCCUGUCUCGGCUGUGCGGGCGCCAUUCUCAUUGUGGGCGGGAUCCUCUUCCUGCUGCUGGCCCUGCCCUACAGUCCCUGGGAACGCUGCCUCCCUCGAAGAGAGAGCGGCUCCAGCUAGUGGCCCGGAGGUGGCACUGCUCCAAAAUAGCACUUCAGGUUGUUGUUUUUCCUCUCAGAAAAAGUAUAGUUGGUGUAAUGUUUAUAUGGAAUCGACACUGUUUUGUAUGAUAUGCCUCUACUCCAUUCUUUAAGCUGAAUUAGUCAGGAAAGUUGAAUCAACAAACAAGAUUAAAAUGAGAGAUAAUCUUGUAUUGGCUGUAA